CAAGACCACCACGGAGACGGAGCGCACUUUUUCCCUGGUGCUCUUCUCUUUCACGCCGGCCUCACCUCACCACCUCACCGUCCUCCGUCCUCUCCUCCCCAUGGCGCUCCCCCCCGCCGCCGCCGCCUUGGCCGACCGGCGGAUGGCGCAGGAUAUCUGGAUGGCCUGCGCUGGUCCCUUCGCCCGCCUCCCCUCCGCCGGCACCAAGGUCUACUACUUCCCCAAAGGCCACGCCGACCAGUGCCGCGGCCACAACCUCCCCGUUGUGCCCGCCGACACCGCUAUCCCCUGCACCGUCGAAUCCGUGGUGCUGCACUACCACCCAGUCUCCGACUCCCCCUACGCCGUCAUCUCUCUACACCAUGGCGAAGGGCCAGCGCAGCCCCCCGCCGCGCCCGCGCCCGCGCUCGCACCAGCGCCGCCGCAGUUCCCCGAACUGCGCUACUACGUGAAGCACAUGGAGGGUACCAGCGAUGACCUGCGCCUUGUCGUUCCCAAGCCGUGCGCCGACGAGCUCUUCUACCCACCGCUGCUUCCGCUGGUUCCACAUCCUUCAGGCCAACGCCAACCAAUCCCGAACCAAGACAUGGACAUCGUGACUGUGCACGGCGACACCAUAACAUUCAAGCACUUCCUUCAGAACGGCAGCAACACGCUGAGACAGCCAUGGAGCGACUACUACCAAUCUAAGGGUUUGAAGAUGGGCAAGGGCAAGGACGGCGUCGUCCUCAUGCGCUGCGCGGAAGGCCAAGGCGGGCUCCUCAUCGGCUUUCGGCGCGGCGAGCCAAGCACGGACCUCGCGUCUGAGAUGCUCGACAACUUCCAGGCGGCGAGCGCGGCGGCGGGAGCCGUGCCAAGCAGCCAACUCGUGCUGGGGCAGGUCCACAACGCCCCCGCCGACCCCUUCACCGUCCACUACUACCCAAGACAAGGCUGGCCCUUCGUCGUGCCGAGGACCGAGGUGGACGACAGGCUUCGGUUCGACUGGGAGCAGGGGCUCAAAGUACGCAUGGAAGUCCCAGUGAACAACCAUGAGAUGCAGGCGAGCAGGGAUAAAGCCGGGGCUCCCAGCUACUUCCAUGGCGACAUCACCGCCGUGAACAACGACGGCCGCUGGUGCCAGUUGCAGGUCAAUUGGGAAGAAUCGUCUGCUCCAACUCCAAGCGAGAACGUCAAUACUUGGCAGGUGCAGCUAUUCGCGCCACCUGUGAGAAAGCGUAAACCUACAGAUCCACUGCAUGCACCAUCUUCAUCCGGCACCGGACCAUCCAGGCUUGUUCUCCAUGACAUUGCCUGAGUAACCAUGCAUGCUGCGUCACAAAACACUAUCUGAUCUUCAACAAGCUUAGAAAUGUUUUUACCGCUUGCUUUCUUUUGGAAUUUGGAGGACAUCUUAUUGAUCUAGAAAUUAUGCUGAGAUGCAGUUGAACAUUCUGUGCUUCCUUUCCUUGUAAACGAGCAAUGAUUCUGGCGAGUUUGUUUGCAAGUAAAAUGUCAUCAGUUAUGUUGUCUGCAUG